GUGGGAAUGAGGAAGAGAGCUGCAAGUCCAACAGCCUCACUCACUCACUCACUUUCACACGGGGGGGAGAGUGAGUGGGUGCGUAGGAGCUGCAAGGAAAACAGCGAGGGCAUGAGAUGCGAAGUGCAACAAUCCAGUUGCUCACAUUCGGGGACUGUAAAUCUGCACUGGCUCCGUGCUGCAUCGAUCAUGGCCCCGCACAUCCAAGCUCUAUCUGCUCUUCUUCCUUCCCACCCAUGUCUAGACUCCGCCAUCGCCAGUAAUGCUCGAUGCUCGAUGCUCGCAUCACACUCGCCGCUCAUCCCCCCGGCAAUCAUGCAAGCAAUCAGGCAGUGAGUCAGUGAGUCAGUGAGUUAGUCAAUCUGGCGCUGCGGUCACACCCGUGCUUUCGUCGAGAGUUGUUUGGCUGGGAGCUUCGAAUGGGCCAAGCAUUGUGACUGCAACCGUGCGCAAGAGAGGGAGGGAGAGAGGGGGUGAAGAGUGCGCACACACUGGCUACCCCAACAGCACCAACCAUUCGCAAGUCUUCGUGUUGAAAGAGAGCAUAAGCGAAGAAGCGAUUCGCCAUCGAAGACGCACAAUGGGAAAAAGCAUCCUCACUGUUACCGCCCGCGCCUCACCGCGACCGACGGUCAGAGUGCUCUACCUCUCUGUGUGGUCCGUGAAAACGUUUCCGACUGGAGGUCGGGGAAAUGUGUCGAGAGCACGCGCGUAACGUCCAUCGGACGGCUAGCUAUUUUCACGUACGACUUUCGGUCUUUUAAUCAUAACGGGGCAUGCGAAACCCCAGAUGGUUGGCCGACCAACGGUCGCGUUGCAAAGUUUCGGGGCAGUUUGGCAGUGUAGUUGUGGGUCUUGUCUGUGACGGACUACCACUGCAGACCAAUUUGUUUAUGUUUUUUCCAGCUUCAGUCGAUUCAUUCCCCGCAGCCCCCCACGGUGCCAGUUGGGUACCCAACACACGAAAGGAGUGGGGGAGGGGAAGGGGAAGGAGAAGGAGAAGUGGAGUGCGUGAGAGCCGGGCCUUGUUGCUGUUGUUGUUGUUGUUGUGUGGUUUUGGUGCUGCUGGCGGGGCUCCCCCGCAAGAUGGGCUGGAGCGAUGUGGAAGAUGUGGAUGCCUCCAAAGGCAUCUACGCAGUCUGUGGCCAGCUCUGGUCUGGUAAUGGAUCCCCACCUAAAAUUGUCUCAGUCCGGCCUGAUUCCGUGGCGGAUAAUUUAUUCUUCGCUAUUUUGUGUGCUUCUCGUUUCGGUGUCCGUGGGGGACCGAUGGGCUUCUUCAUGACUCUGCUGGAUGCGUCUGGAGCAGCUCUCGGAGGUUACAACCAGCAGAGUUAACCCGUUGUGGCUGGAGGGACACUCAAUGUGCAGGAUCGAGAUGGGUUUUUGUUGUUAUUUUUUUAAUGUUUGGAUACUUUUUAUUUUUGAUUUUUUUUAGCUGUCUCGACCUCAUGCUGUCUCGAAAGGAGUGACGAUUUUUUUUGUGUGUUGGACUGUUCAUAAUGUGUAGAGUCUUUCUAGAUUCUUUUGGUUGGCGGUGAACGUAAUGUUUGAAGAAUGUACAGGAGGAUGAUUCCUAAUUUUCUGCAUUGAUGAAGUAUUUUCAAGAUUACGACAGUGUAUUCUACGCAUGAAACUACACGUCUAAUGUCAUUUUAACUGAUAAAACGUACGUGUUGGGAUCGCAAGUGUAAUUCUAUUCCGUCAUUUCGCUUGGUUUUCACGGGCCACAGAAUCACAAGCGCUCGAAUUUCACGAGCACUCACAGAUCUUGGAUGCAUGCCUGGCAGAUUGCAGUUUUCGGUUGAUUCUGCACAGGGUUUUGCACAUCGCAACAUGUUGAUUACCGUUAACCAUGUCCACCUGUCCUCAUCAGUAUAGCCAUAGGUGCUACUUGAUCUGAUGCAACAUGUGAACAGGGUUUUCGUAAGUAAUCCGUCGAAGAAUUAGUCGAAGGAUUUGCUCACAGUUGCUAGAAUGCAAGGGCGUCGAUUACAUACAUGUGACAAGAAAUCUAUGUCUAUUCAUUUAUCUUCGAGUCUACAUGCAAAUGCGUCAUUUUGUAAGUGGGACCCCGAUACAAGCUGCAAGCGCAUGUUGGUUCUGGAUCAUAUGGUGAUGUAUGUCGCGCAAUGGAUCUGGAGUUCGGGCAAACUGUCGCACUCAAGAGAGUUCCAGACGUAUUCUUUUGCCAAAUGCUGGCCAAACGUGUGCUCCGAGAAGUGUGCAUCAUGCGGCGUCUUGCUCAUCCCUAUAUCAUCUCGUUGACGGACGUUUUCUCGUCGAAGAAUUUGGAGAAACCCGACUCGACAGACUUGUAUAUUGCAACUGAAUUUGCCGAACGUGGAGAUUUGUAUCAUCAAGCCGAGUCAAUUACAGCAGAGACUGUUCGGACACUCAUCUGGCAGCUGCUUGUUGCAGUUCACUACAUGCAUACCUGUCAUGUAUGGCACAGGGAUAUCAAGUCUGAGAAUGUUCUCCUGACGGGAAACUUGCAAGCAAAGUUAUGUGAUUUCGGACUUUCGCGAUCAGCUCUUGAGACUUCAAGCCAAGUAGAUGCGAAACCGACUGGGCGCAGGAAGCGACCGGUUUUGCAGAGGCAAUAUACCAAAACAGUAGUUACCCCAAGUCAUCGUGCACCUGAGGUAGUCAUGUCUCAAGGCCAGUAUACUUCUGCCAUUGAUAUGUGGUCACUUGGUUGCAUCUUUUGGGAGCUCUUGAUGCGACAAAGCCGUCCUCAUCACUGUGGUCCUGUGACCAAACCUCUUUUUGGUGUGCGCGGAGAGCCGAGCACGCCAUCACGAGGUGAAACUUAUAACAGCGACAUUUCAUCCGAGCUACACGACCAGUUGGAUGUAAUCUUCAACGUAAUUGGCACACCUUGCUGGAAAGAUAUUGAGAGUGUUCCUAGCGAACAUUGGCGAGCCUACCUGAAGAAGGUUCCAGGAAGGGCAGGGAACAUUGUGAAACAAUUCACGGGCUUGAUUGAUGACAAUGCGCUGGACCUCCUGCAACGUAUGUUGGCCUUCGCUCCACAGCGACGAUGCACGGCAGAUGAGGCUCUUUUUCACACUUACUUCAAGGGUAUGAAUGUACCACUAGAUGUCUCGCCUAUUCCCUUGGUAGGAAAGGGUCCCUCAGCUCUGUCUGACCACCCAGUUUGGAAGAUUACAGAGCCUGCUGUUGCUCUUGGCCUACUUGAGAGGGAGCUGGAGUUGUCUGCCAAUCAUGUGGAUGGUGGCAAGCUGAAGCUAGAGCAAUUGCUUCAAUGUGAAAUAGAGCAGCAACAGAUGCAGACCAGUAUGCAGCGAGCUGCUCUUCGAAGCCUUGCAUCCAAAGGAUUUUUUGACCGCUCGGCUUUCCCAGCCGCUGCUCCUGCGAAACAGUCUCAGCCGCCUCGUGAAAUUCAGCUUUUUCCAUGCGCAAUAUCUCGCGCAACCGGCUCCUCUACAGGUUCAUUGAGCAAUCAAUCAGAGCUCUGGUCUGUGGAAGAACGAUCAGAUCAAGCAGAUUGGCAAACUGACGGAGAACCACAGAGGGGCUCAAAUGAUUCAGUGGUCUCUCAUGAACCUAGUCGCCCAGCUGGUCUUGCAUCUAGCUUAGGAAGUAUUUUAUAUGACGGUGCUUCUGUUCAAGAGAACGAACUCCCACCUACGAAGCGGCAAAGGAAGAUGACGAUAAGGCAAGGCUCCCUCUGUAUAGAACUGGUCCGUCCUGAUGUACAACUUAAUCAGCCAGUAGAAACGAUUAAUGACACCAAGUUGUCUAUUUCAGGAUCAAGGUCUGAAAAAGGCGAAGGUUAGAGUGCCGCCGGUCACAUUGACACUUGUAAGGAUUGUCGAUGGUUUUAAUAUUUGUACACCAUGUAAUGGUUUUACCUUCACCAGUUCAUUAAAUUUGUA